UUUUUGAUGUCGUUGGGCAAAACUGCAGGACAGGUUAAACAGGUGACUGGUGUCAUGUUUCAGCAGGUGGCUUCUUCCAUACACGAUACCGAGGGGCUGACAACAUACGAUAUUGGCCCAAAAGUGCUUCUCUGCCCGCUUAACUACCAGACCCAACCAUGGGGGAGAAGUAUGACGGGCUGUCCCACUGUAAGCUUGCUCUGGUAUUCGCAGUGGUGAUGGACAUCCUUGGUGUGACGUCCCUGCUGGUAGGCGUCUUCGCUUCCCUAGAGAUCCAGGGCAAAGACUUCGGGGAUCUGUUGGUGUACUCCGGAGCGUUGCUGGUGCUGUUUUCCAUGGCCGGCUGGGUGCUUUGGUACAGUGGCAACAUCGAGGGCCUGCAUUUACAAAAAGACUUUCAUGGCAUGGGUUCUGCUGUGGACCGAUUGGCCCGCUCCGUCAGCCGCAAGAUACGGCUCCCCAGGACGCGCAGCAGUCCCCAUUAAGAACUCAAAGCCUCCCAGUUAAACGACCUAGUUUUAAUUCUUGUUGAACCAAGUUUCUCGGAAGAAAAGGGCAUGGUUGGACUUUACUUUUCUGUCAGAUUUUGAUAAAAGGAAACCGGCUCACAAACAAAAAAAAACGGACUUGCAAAUCUUGCUUUUGAUAAACAGAAUCUGUCUGUUCUGCUCAAGCUCGUGCAAAUGGAAUAAAACUAUUACGAUGAA